UUGGCGCCACACCCACACAACACACCGGACACAACCCUUUCCUCCACCAUCAAACUCUCUCUUUCUCUCUUUCUAUCUCCUUCUCUCUCUCUCUAAAUUUGGCAGUUUCUCAAACUUCCAAUCUCAAUCUUCCAUAUUUCCAUUAGUUUUUCUUUAUAUUCGUUCAUCUUUCAUAAGUUUUCUGUUAUUUUUGCGUAUCCGCUAAUCUGUUGAGUUUUCAUUCUUCUGUUUUUGUUUUGUCUCGCCCACAAUCCGAUCUCCGUUAACUUCUUGUUGGUUUUUUUUUUUCCUCCUUGGCUGGUUUGAUCUUGUUCAGGGUUUGUACUUUUUCCUUCUGGUGCAGCUUUAACUACCUUAACCCUAAUUUGUAUUGCCUUUAACUACUGAUACGGAGCUUGGUUUCUUGGAAUUCAGUGAUUUUUUUUUUUUUUGGAAGAAACUCUGUGAAAUUUUUGGUGGGUUGUUUUUAGUUUUCCACUAUAAAUCGAGGGUUUUCUUGCAAACAUAAUUAGUUUGGGUCUUUGGGUAAUCUUUCUUUGGAAUUCUGAGAAGAAAAAGAUAUAUUUUCAUCUGGGGUUGUUGUGUAUUUGGAGAAGAAGGUGUUGGUGUAUAAGAUUUUCGGUGCUGGGAGAGAAUGGAGUUGAAUUUUGGUGGCGAGGGAAAGGGUAUGUUUUCAUCGGUGAAUUUUAUCAAUGGGUAUUUUGUGGAUGGAUUUGGGGAUAAGAGUCUUGAUGGUUUUGGCAAUCUUUUGAACAUGGACUGCGAAUCGGACAAUCCCCAGGAUCGCAGGACGGGGAAGAGUGAGAAAGAAGGCUCUUGCGAGGCAGUGUCUGAUGAUAUUGUUGAUCGUUUACCGGCGGAUCCAUUUAAUAUGGAUAUAAGGACUACUUUUACUGCAUUCAAGGGUUGGGUUGGCGAUUUUGAGAAGGAUUCAAUUGGAUUUGGUGUGGGUGAAAUGGAGGCUGAGGGAGAGGAUCGUGGAUUGUAUGCCAAUCUAAAUUUGGUUUGGAGCGGUGCAAUGAGAUUUCAACCAGAAUUUAGUAAUGCUGAGAAAUCGGUUCCUUGUAAUGAGUUUGAUGGAUUACUGAUGGACAAAGAUUUAUGUGAUGGUGGGUUCAGUGAAUUUCUGAGUUUUAGCCGCCAUGGAAAUCGGAUCAACGGCAACCAAGAAAAGGAAUUUCAGGCAUGUACCAAAGUUCAUCCUGAUGACGAGACUGGUGAACCCCAUGAUGCUUUGUUUUUUUCCCUGGCUUAUCUGGGUGUGCAGGAUCUCCUUGUGGUUGAAAGAGUUUGCAGGUCCCUCUGCAAUGUUGUUAGAAGCGACCCUCUUUUAUGGAGGGAUAUUUGUAUAGACCAGCCAUUGAGUGACAAGAUCACUGAUGAUGCUCUGUUACAGUUAACUGGCAGGGCUCAAGGCAGUCUUCAAGGCUUGAGCCUGGUACAGUGUCCAAGGAUCACAGAUAGUGGUCUGAAGCGGGUGCUUGAGAACAAUCCCAGGCUGACAAAGCUAUGCGUGCCAGGAUGUGUGAGGCUCAGUGUUGACUGCAUCUUGUUAAAGUUGAAGGCCUUCAAAUCUGCAGGUACUCUGGGAAUAAAGCACUUGAGAAUUAGUGGGCUCAAUGGUGUAACAGAUCAACACUAUGAAGAAUUGAAGUUAUUGUUAGGUGUAGAUAACCAUAAGCAGCUCAGAACCCACAAACCACGGUUUUAUCAUGGAGAGCAGUUGUAUCUUUCAUGUGACGAUGAUCGUGCCAUUGACAUCGAGGUUUGCCCUAGAUGCCAGAAAGUGAGAUUAGUAUAUGAUUGCCCAUCAGAGAGUUGCCAAGGGAAACAUCAAUCUGCUCAGUUGUGCAGAGCUUGCACUCUGUGCAUAGCACGCUGUUUUCAUUGCGGGCGCUGUAUUAAUGACUGUGACUAUGAGGAGACUUUCUGCCUGGACUUGCUUUGUUUAGAUUGUUUCAAGCAGCUACUGAAUUGCCAAGAGAGACAGGAAGAAAUGGGUGCUCCCUCCUCUAAGCACACCAUUUUUCAUCAAGAGACAAGGAAAUCCUGCUUUACUGUGAAGAAUUCGCACUGCAGAGCUGUAACUUCCAUCUGAGACUGUUAGUCCUGCUUGGUUGAUGUAUUUGAUGAACUUAGCUUCAAUGGGUAUUUGAUGUAUAAACAUUUUUCAGGACAAGGUAAUCCUAUGGUACUUUGGCUUCUGUAAUGGGAAAUUGCAUUUAGUAAAGCCAGAGGACAAUGGAGUUGUUUGAAUGUGUUUUUGGCUAUGAAGUGAUGAUUGUUGCUGUUGGUGAAGUGGUGGUCAUUCCUAUCAAUGUUGGUGAAGGUAAUGGCUGUUGCUAUCAGUGUUGGUGAAGUGACUGAUUUCACUAUUAAAGUGGGGAAUAACUUGUUUCUUCACAUGAAGAAGAGAGAAGCCAUAAUGUCAAGAGAGCCAAGCAAAGCUGGAAGAUCAUUUCAGGGCAUCUGUUCGCUCUGCCAACUUUGCAAAUUAUGGCGAAGACAACUGUUUAACAAUAACCCCAGAUACCCUAUACUCUGCUUUGAUCUAUUUUUUCAUCUUUCAAAUAAUAAUCUGUUUUUUGGCCGCAAAGCUGCAUAGCUGCCUGGAUGUCCUGCAAGCACACCCAACGCACCUCUCAUCUGUGUAUCUUGUAACUUGGGGGCAUCAAUAUGUCAUGAAGCCACUACUGCUGUUAACUGUGCUAUGUUUUAACCUUGUUGGUAUCUUUUUAUUCGUAAUUAGUAAAUGUCAACUCCAUUCUGUACUUGAUGAUCAAUAAAUAUAAGUAUCCCAUUUCUCCUA